AGCUAAGCCUUGAAUAGUUUGCUAUUCGUUGAUUGAAAUGAAAUAUAACGUCGGUGUGUAUGCGUGUUGCAUUAUCAAUCUUCAACAUAUUGUACGCUGUUGUAAAUAGUUAUUUUGCGUGUUUUUUAUCACCAUGGAUUUUAAAGUCAAGAUGUGGGUCGUUUCACCGUUACCGAUAGUACUUGGUGGGAUGGUUUUUGUUGCUAUGGACGCCACAGCCUUUCCUGUAGAAAAUAAUUACAGUAGAAAACAGAAAACCAGCCCAAAACCGAGAACCCUGGAACCUCAUUUUGAUCCGCUAGAGAAUCAGAAUGUACAGAUGCCUUCGAACGGUAAGCUGAUAGAGGGCGACGUGCUGAUUUCAUCAGUGGACGUGAAAGAUUCGUCGAUCAGAGGAGACCUAGAGUCAGUUAGUCGGAUGUCCAUCGCCGACUCAAUUCAGCCUAUCCAGCCGCGGGGUCCCGUGGUGGCAUCCAACCAGCAGUGGACCAGCGGAGUGGUGCCGUAUGCACUGGACCCACGUCUUAACGAAACGGAAGAGCAAACGAUCCUCUGGGCGAUGUUAUACAUCAUGAACGUCACGCACAAGUGCGUUCAGUUCAUCCCGAGGACGCCCAACGACCCUGACUUUGUAUUCAUAACAUCCAGCAUAUCUGGUUGCUACAGCGAAAUCGGGCGAAAAGGUCGAAACCAGACGGUUUCCGUGUCACGUGCUUCCGACUGUGUCACACGCGGGAUCGUCAUGCACGAGUUACUGCACGUGCUGGGCUUUUGGCACGAGCACACGCGACCCGACAGAGACAAAUACAUAGAAGUCCUGCUUCAUAACGUCCGAGUUGAUCGCAAAGGAGAUUUCGCUAAGAGAAAGAUUGAAGAGAACGAGCACAAUCUGCAGAUUGCAUACGACCUCUACUCGAUACUUCACUACAAGACUAACCAAUUCUCCAUUAGCGAUAAUCUUAAAACAAUCCAAAUUCGAGAUGCCACUGUCGACGAGCGGAUGGUUGGGCAACGUUUCAAUCUGAGUUCUUUGGAUGUUUUGAGAAUCAAGCGUCUGUACGGCUGCGGAGAAUUAAUUAAUGUGGCAUAGUCUUUGACACACAUAACACACAUACACAAAGUCCUUUCCAAUGUUCAUAACGAUUUAUUUCUAGUUAUUUAAUUCCAACACAACGUGCUCCACUGUUCGUAAAAUAUUCUUAACUUUACGUUAAAUGUAAUGGCCUAUUGGCCCCAUGACAAUAACAAAUUGCCAUAAUGUUCGGCCGAGUAAGUGAAUCUCCUACUACCCUCUACUGAAGAACAGUGUAUUAAUAUAGAUUGGAACACCCAAUGCUGACGUGUCAAUUUCCUACGGGAUCUUUUUGCAAAACCACAUGCCCAAGACAAAUAAGGAAGUCCGCUAUUCACAUGAAAUCAUACAACAUUCAAUCUGACGGUUACCUACCAAGGCAUGUUUAAUUAGCGAGAUAAGCAAUGGGUAAUUAAUUUGGUGCGUUAUUCUGGUCUAUUUUGACGUUAUUUAUAAUUACUAUCUGUAUUGGCCAUCUGAUAUCGUUCUCAAGCAUGCAUUCGUUAAUUGCAAAUGCAUGUGCUUAUAGUCUGAUUACUAUAUGCAUAUUCAAUCGACUUUGACAUUUGCCCCCCGAUCACUGGGAUAUCAGUCGUCCGUUUACAUUCGGCGCAGUUUGCAGCCACGGAACAUUGACUUUUAUCCCUCACAGGUACCCAUUUAUACACCUGGGUAGAGAGGAGCAGAUGUGGGAUAAAUUUCUUGCUCAAGGAAAUUCCAGUGGAUUCGAACCCGGGACCUCUCGAUCCCUACGCCAGCGUCCUACCAUUAGACCACCGCUUCAUUAAUUAGCUGGGCUGUUUGUAUGUAAGAUAUUGCUUAUAGUAGGAAUUUUUGCCAAUUGAAUUUCUUUUGUUAAUAAUUUUCCAUUGCGUAAUAUAUGUUGUAUACUAAUAUUUAAUAUAAUAUUUAACUUGUUA